AUCAACUCGGCAGAUCGCGUAGUCCAUGCCCCGGCUUCCCGGCUUCCCGGCUCUGUGGCGCUCGGACGGUUCCCGGGUCCACCGCUUCUUUCGAGGGCGCAGACGAGGUGAGACCGGCGGGCUCCGAGGCCGGCUGGGUCUGGCACGCCCGCAAGACCCCCGCGUGGAUGCGUUUUGGGAUUGGGAUCCUGGGUCUCCGGCGAUCCGGAGUGUGGCAGCGCCGAGGAGGCUCUGUGUUACCCCGAGUGUCAACGGCUGCGGGAGGCAAGUUUGCUGGGGACAGAGUCUCGGCCACCAUGGCCCCCACGCUGAAGCAGGCGUACAGCAGGCGCUGGUGGAUGGCUUGCACCGCUGUGCUGGAGAACCUCUUCUUCUCCGCGGUGCUCCUGGGCUGGGGCUCCCUGCUGAUCAUGCUCAAGAAGGAAGGCUUCUAUUCCAGUCUGUGCACAGCCGAGAACAGGACCAACACCACCCAAGAUAAGCAGCAGCAGUGGCCAAGCUGUGACCAGCAGGACGAGAUGCUCAAUCUGGGCUUCACCAUUGGCUCCUUCCUGCUGAGCGCUACCACGCUGCCCCUGGGGAUUCUCAUGGAUCGCUUUGGGCCCCGGCCUCUGCGCCUGGUGGGCAGUGCCUGCUUCGCUGCGUCCUGCACUCUCAUGGCCUUGGCGUCCUGGGACACUGAAGUUCUGUCUCCGUUGAUAUUCCUGGCACUAUCUUUGAAUGGGUUUGCUGGCAUCUGCCUAACGUUUACCUCACUUACGCUGCCCAACAUGUUUGGGAACUUGCGUUCCACUUUCAUGGCGCUCAUGAUUGGUUCCUAUGCAUCUUCCGCCAUCACAUUCCCUGGAAUCAAGCUGAUCUACGACGCUGGAGUGUCCUUCAUGGUCAUCAUGUUCACUUGGUCGGGCCUGGCCUGUCUUAUCUUUCUGAACUGUGCUCUCAACUGGCCCGCAGAAGCCUUCCCUGCCCCCGAGGAAGUGGAUUACACGAAGAAGAUCAAACUCAUUGGGUUAGCCUUGGACCACAAGGUCACAGGUGACCGCUUCUACACCCACGUAACCAUCGUGGGCCAGCGGCUGAGUCAGAAGGCCCCCAGCCUGGAGGAGGGGACUGAUACCUUUAUUUCAUCCCAGGAUGUCUCUGGUACUUCAGAAAAACAUCAGGAGAAGUCCGGCCCCUUUCGCAAGAGCCUCUGCUCCCCCAUUUUCCUGUGGAGCCUCGUCACCAUGGGCAUGACCCAGCUGCGGGUCAUGUUCUACAUGGCUGCCAUGAACAAGAUGCUGGAAUUCCUUGUGACUGGUGGCCGGGAACACGAGAACAAUGAACAGAGACAGAAGGUGCAAGAGACAGUGGAGUUCUACUCGUCCAUCUUUGGAGUCAUGCAGCUGCUCUGUCUCCUCACCUGCCCCCUCAUUGGCUACAUCAUGGACUGGCGCAUCAAAGACUGUGUGGAUGACCCAACUGAGCGCGCUCUGAGUGAGAGUGCUUCCUUUGGAGAUACCAGGGAUGGAACUACUACCAAGUUCACCAGACCACGCUACCGAAAGAUCCAAAAGCUCACCAAUGCCAUCAAUGCCUUCACCCUGACCAACAUUCUGCUGGUGGGCUUUGGCAUCACCUGCCUCGUCAGCAACCUCCAGCUGCAGUUGGUGGCCUUUGUCCUGCACACCAUAGUUCGUGGUUUCUUCCACUCGGCCUGUGGAGGUCUCUAUGCUGCAGUGUUCCCAUCCAAUCAUUUUGGGACACUGACAGGCCUUCAGUCGCUCAUCAGUGCUGUGUUUGCUCUGCUGCAGCAGCUGCUCUUCAUGGCCAUGGUGGGACCUCUGCGUGGAGACCCCUUCUGGGUGAACCUGGGCCUCCUGAUUCUUUCCUUCCUGGGAUUUCUGCUACCUUCCUACCUCUUCUACUACCGGUCCCAUCUCCAGAGAGAGUAUGCCACCAGUUUUCCAGACCCACAGAAGGUGCUCAAUGAUUCCAAGGUGGCUACAUAGACUCCUGAGGCUAAGGGACUUGGAGGACAGACAACCACAGCUUGAUAAAGCAAAGGGAAUGCCUCAGUGGCUUCUACCUGCACUGUGUGCAUGGAGCCAAAGGGCCGUGGAGUUAUAAAUACUAAGAGUUCUAUUUUUGUAGGGACUUGCAAAAAGGGAAACAAAACAGAAACCUCCAAAACAAAACAAAAAAAAAACCAGCCUUUAAAAAUCUUCUCCAAAGCAAGCUGUCUGUUAACUGAAGACAGUGCCUGUUCCAGUGGUACUGGGCCAUCUUCCUGGACUGGAGGAAACCAGAAUGUGGGGCUGCCCUUUCCCCACACUUGAAGCCCUAGGAGCCUCCUCUGUGGCACUGCCUCUGAAGACUCAUGGGAUCAGUGAACAGACUCUCCUAAGAUCGCAGCUGGCGUGUGCACACGUACAUCCUGUGCACAUGCGCAUGGCGACCUUUCCUGCAGGAGGGGCUGAGGUGCUGGCUGUAUCCACGAUUGGGUGUUGGGGCUGGAGGGC